UGCGCAGAUACCCCACGUUGGGAAAUGGCUGCGGAGCUGGAGCCUUUGAUGGCGGAGUGGCUGGGAGCUGAGAAAGCUGAAGACACCCGAGGGCAGGCCGCAUCUCUGAAUACGAUGGAAGACUUGCUGGAGACAGUGAAAAAGCUACAGAAAGAGGGAAGCCUGGAGCCCCAGAUUGAGGACCUGAUCCACCGCAUUAAUGAGCUGCAGCAAGGUCCAGCAAAGAAGAGAUCCAGUGAGGAGCUGGGAGAGGCUCAAGCACUCCAGGAAGCCAUGCACAGGGAACUAGACUCCUUAAAUGAAGAGAGAGUGCACCUAGAGGAGGUCCUGCGCAAAAAGCAAGAGGCUGUGUCAAUUCUCAAGAAGCAUCCCCAAGAGAGAGACAGUGACACUCCACAGAAGUGUACAGUCCAGUUCUCAGGAUUCAGACCAAAGAAGCUGGGGUUGCUUCUAAGUUUGCAGCUUGGAUGCUCAACAACUGGAGGAGAGGCUGGCGGAUCUGGCAAGGCAACACAAGGACCUCUGGGAGUUCCAUGUCCUGCAGCAGCGACUGGCCCAGGAGAUCAGCACGAUGGAGCACAGGAAAGAUCAGCUUCUUGCAGAGAGGACUCUGCUGCGAGCCAGGCUGGAGAAGGUGGAGCAGCGGCUGCAGGAGGCCAGAGAGACCUGGGACAGCCCAGGGAACUGUGGGCUGAAGACAGAGCUGGAGGAAUUGGAGGGGCAGUCCCAGCGCAGCCCAGAAGCUCAGAAUGAUAAAGGGGAGGCUAGCCAAGAGGAACAGCAUCAUUUGGAGACAUCAGAAGAGUUGCCAAGGACAGGAACGCUCUGCUAAACCACAAGGACCUACCAGUGCUCACAUUCCUUCAAGGACUACCAAGAAAUAAAGAUGAUUCCAAGAGUC